GCUACAUUUUCAGGCAUGUCACAUGUUUUAUUUCUUUUAGACUUCUCUCCUCCAGAUCAUUCAACAUCAUCCUACCUCACGGAUACCAACACAUCACUUUCUUCCAAUGACAAUGACCACUCUAGUCGAAUAGAAAGAGGCAUUCCUAUAGGCAGACGUACAUCCAGCUCUGAAGUCAUACCCAGGCCUACCACAGAGGUUUCAGAAUCAGAGGCUGCAAAAGAGAUGGUAAAAAAUGCCUUGCUUGGCAAACCUGGGGGUGAGGAUGUCAUCGAAGAGUACAAGGCAGAAAAGUCACUCAGUCACCGCACCCGGAGACAGCUUGUCAACAUAUUGGCUAGCCAUAUGACUGAGAGCCAUGGGAGGAUGCCUUCCCGUAAACAUAAGGAGAAGUAUGCCCUGGGAAUCAUAACACUCUUUCCUUCACUAAAGGAUCCCUUUUCUCCAAAAGGCUAUGAGCACUUCUAUGAUGUGGAGAAAGGCACUGGAUAUUUAGCAUGGCGCCUUAAGACUAUGUCCAGGAAAACUGUAAAAAGACCAGCCAAGACAGCUACAGUGGCUCAAGCACAAGGACCGAAGCGCCGAAGAUUGGCAGCCGCUUUGCCUGAGCAGCUUGAUGGAGAUGCCUGUAGGGAAGCCAUAUCAUUUCUCAUUCACUCUCAGGAUGAAGCAAGUGUGUUUCAGAAGAUGAAGGUGACCUUUCAAUAUCGCCAAGACCUAGUGCAUGACCCACAGAGAACCACAGAUGUCUUUAAAACAUUUCCACGGUUUUUAGAUGUCAAAGGGCUGCUGAAUCAAGACUUCCUUCUGCUGUUUGGAGCUGAAACAGCCUCCAAGAUGCUUGAGAAGUGGGACACAACUUUCAGGCCCAAGGUUAUCAAUGAGGCCAAACACCUGACUCAGUCAAUUGAGCUGUGCCGACUUCUAAAAGCUGCUGAGAAACUGACAGAGAACGAUGACACCACCUGGGACAGUGACAUGGCUUCUCUGCUGCUGCUCCUCCAUCUCCUGCCACCCACAGCUGGACGGAAGAGGACCAAGAUGAGCCCCAGUGAUGCAGUGGACAAAAUGUUGCACUUUCACAAGUCAUGCUGCAGCUUGGAUGAACACCUUCGGAGAAGGGAUAGUAGACAACCAUACAUCCUUGCUGUUGGUCGAACCAGGAACAGGAUUGACACUUUCUACAUUGUUGUGGACAAACAGCUCAUCCCCUGCCAAGCCACCAGCUCGGUGGGUGCAUUUGAUGAACUGUUUAAAUCCCACUAUGUGUUCAACCUGUCGUACGAUGAGUACCUGGGCCAGCUCUUCAUCUUCGUGCAAACAACAAUCUACAAUAUCGAUGUAGCAACAACAGAUGAGUCUCCCAGAGUUUGUGAGUUUCGUGCUAAAGUCCUCAACUAAAGUACUUAAAUGUUUAAGUGUUUCAUUUGUAAAGCUGUGCAUGUUCCCUGCCAGUCCUUGAUCUCUCAUCUAAGAUUUGACCACAGUUUUUAUCCUAGCACCAGGUUUAAGUUAGUUUGUGCACAAGAUCGUUGUAGGCGUCAGUUUUCAACAUAUUCAGGUUUCAAAAAACAUUUAAUAAGUUCUCAUGAGAAGGAGUCUUGUCA